GGUCUUUACCACGCAGGACCCCGGUGGCUGGGCGCGCGUGCCUGAAAUGGAACGUUGUGCAGGCAACGGCUGUCCUGUGGAACCUUCGACCGUUCAGGAUUCAAAACAAAACUGAAUACGUCCGUUCUGCUUUUGCCUUGCAAAAUCCUAAAAGUAGGAUCCACUGUUCGCAUUCUCUAACACCUUUUAUUUUCAUAAAACUGUUCUCUCCUCUCGACUGGCAAGACAGUGUCCUACUAUUGUCAAUUUGUGUUGUUGAGGUGGUGGGAGGGGAAAAAAGAGGUCAAGGAAGGGACGGUGUCACUGUUGUAUCUUUGCAAAGAAGAAACUCUCCAGAUGUUUUUCUGCAUUAAAGGCUCGACUUAUAAAUCUAAAUUGUUGAGAUUCUCAAGUCAGACCUCCUCUUCUGCCAAGCUGCUUCUAUGGAUAACACCAGUCAUCCACUAUCAAACUGAUCACAAUAAAAGCUUUGCAAAAGCCAAAGACAUGAAGGGCUGAGAAUGACCAAUUCUGGCAUUGUUUCUGCUUGAAAAGCUAUUGGAAGUUUUCAGGCAGCCUGAAAUUUAAGUGAGCUUGAAGUUUGGACCUCAUUCAAGCUUUAAAUGACGUGAAAUACCAGUCUGUUGAAAAACAAUGAAAUCACAAAUAUGAAUGGAGUCAGUUUGCAACAACUACCAAUGUUAAAAUUAUCGCCACUUUGGGGAAGAUUAAUAUUUCUGAAGAAUGGUCUCGACCUGAAACAUCAAUCUUACUGCUCCUCUGAUGCUGCCCAGUCCAUUGUGUUCCUCCAGCUCCACAUUGUGUUAUCUCUUUUUUCUGUCACAUCAGGUAAGAUCGACAAUGAUGAAGAUACCUCGUGAAUUCCUGUCAUAUCUGCAGUUUCAAAAGGCUUUACGGUUUCUUCAGUUGCAAUCAAGAGAUGCUGGUGGAAAUAUAAAGCAGCUCAGAUGCAUAACAUCAGGUCCAGCAGCUAGUACAACAUCUCCUGACUUGAUUGAAGUCUUCGGGAAAUUCUACUGCCGAGAUGAUUAUACAAAUAUUACACCAAAAAUAUUGUCCAAAGUGGGGAAAAGUUUACAUAACCAGAGAAAUCAUCCUUUAUGGCUCAUUAAAGAACGCAUUAAGAAACAUUUUUAUACGCAGUAUUUGAAUCGUAAUAGAAAUCCAAUGUUUUCAGUGUAUGAUAACCUGUCUCCUGUGGUUACCACAGAGCAGAACUUUGACAGUUUGCUCAUACCAGUGGAUCACGCAAGCAGGAAGAAGGGAGAUAACUUUUACCUGAAUCAAACUAAUAUGCUCCGGGCUCACACAUCUGCUCAUCAGCAUGAUCUUAUUCGUGCAGGCCUCAAUGCCUUUCUGGUAGUGGGCGAUGUCUAUCGGCGAGAUGAAAUUGACAGCAGCCACUAUCCAGUCUUCCAUCAAAUGGAAGGGGUCAGACUAUUUUCAAAACAUGAGUUGUUUGCUAAUGUUAAAAAUGGUGAAGAACUUUGCAUUUUUGAGAAGGGAUGCCGCACACCCUGUAAGCAAGAAAGGCAUACACUUGAAGCUGUUAAACUACUUGAAUUUGACUUAAAGCAGACUCUAAAGAACGUCAUGAUACACCUGUUUGGGAAAGGUCUAGAAAUUAGAUGGGUGGAUUGCUAUUUCCCAUUUACGCAUCCUUCCUUUGAAAUGGAGAUCAAGUUCCAAGGAGAGUGGAUGGAGGUCCUUGGCUGUGGGAUCACGGAGCAGCGGCUGGUAGACUCGGCCGGUGCUCAAGGAAAGAUUGGAUAUGCUUUUGGCCUGGGGUUGGAACGGCUGGCAAUGAUUUUGUAUGGAAUACCGGAUAUCCGCUUGUUUUGGAGUGAAGAUGAGCGAUUCUUGAAGCAAUUCCAGGUUAUUGACAUCGACCAGAAAGUCACAUUUCAGCCCCUCAGCAAAUACCCACCAUUAGUAAAUGACAUCUCUUUUUGGAUUCCAAAAGAAGGAUAUGAAGAAAAUGAUUUCUAUGAUUUGGUGCGAAAUAUUGGUGGUGACCUGGUGGAGAAGGUCAGCCUUAUUGACCAGUUUGCACAUCCAAACUUUUAUACAUCCCAGCAGGACAGAAGUUUCAGCCAUCUCAGUCCUUCAGCCUGCAGCCUUCUCUUUAGAUGUCGCUAUUCCUUUCUUCCUGGUCCGUUCAAAAUGUAUCAAAGGACAAAAAAGAUCAGCCAUUGCUACAGGGUUACAUACCGCCACAUGGAACGAACAUUAACCCAGGAAGAAGUGUGCACCAUUCAUCGAGCAAUCGAAAAGGCAGCCGUGGAAAAAAUGGGAGUGGAAGGCAGAUUUUAAAAAUCAAGAAAAUAAUCAUUUCUUUUCUCAUUUAGCUCGAGUCUGUCUAUCGGUUUUCUUGUGCUCAAUAAGUGAUGAAAUACAGAUGAAGUUUCAAUUAAGGCCAAGCUUGAUUUUGAGUAAAGAUCAGCAUUUUGGAUUAA